AUGAAUCUUCGUUCUUCAUCUCUUUCAUUUUUCAAUGCGGGAAAGGUGAAAUCUUCAUCAUUUGGCCCGUUGAUAAUGUUGGCCGUCGUGGUGUUGGUGCUUGGCCUCGGCACGGGCCGAGCGACGGCGGAAGGCGAGGAGAUCAUCGCCGCCACCUUCGCCGACUCAUCGUGCACCGAACCCAAGCUCAUGGCCCGACCACAGUCCCUCCGCGGCGGCGACUGCGUCUUCUCCCGCCCCUACAAUUUCUACUACACCAUCUCCAACCCCUCCGGCAACAUCGCUCUGUUCCGCUACGUGUGCGAGAAAGGAUGCGCGGUGGAGACCUGCAAGUUCCAGGCCAGCGCGCCGUUCGGCACCUGCGCCAGGGUCAACAUCACCCUGCCCGCCAACAACACCAACGCCACCACUCCGACUUCCACCUCGAGGUUCGACGCCUUCACCGGCGACAGCGCGGCCGCCGAGGGCAUCCACAGCAACGGGACCAUCACCGUCUUCGCAUCGGCGUGGCGCGUCGAGCAGAACCAGACGCUGGCCUUCCGCGUCUACAACGACCACACGUGCUCGUCGAUGCGGCCCUACGGCCAGUACCACGUCGACAGCGCCCUGUGCACCUACUCGAAGCUCAUCAACUCGUCGUUCAUGACGUCCUACCUCGACGGGCGGGACUCGACCGAGGACCUGCGCGUGGCCUAUCGCGUCAACUGCAACCAGGACUGCUCCGAUUGCGCCAUCUACAACCGCACCGCCAUCGGCGCGUGCAUCCCAAUUGACAAUGCGUACGUGAGGGUAAUGCUGGGCGCGACUCCCGAGCAGGGGUUCCCGACGUGGGAGCUGGUGGUGAUCAUCGUGUGCGCGGUGGGCGGCGGCGUGGCGAUCGCGCUCAUCGGCCUCACCACCACUUUCCUCGUGUGUCGCCACCUCAAGCGCCGCCGCACCGUCUACCGGGCCAUCAACUGA